CGCAGUAUGACUACAGCCUAGCCUUUGGGUGGGUUAUACAUAGAUUUAUAAAUAUGCCUAUAAAUUCAGUGGUAACAGUCAGGUAUGGUCCAUAUGAGUCAUGUGGUAUUGUCGAGCACAGAACAUUUCGCCUGGAAGGUUUACAAGCGGUCCUAAAAGACAACGGCCACCAUUGUGUCCUCGAGAAAACAGAUGACUGGAAUAUAGUAGAGCUUAUUGUGAAUGGAGAGUGCGUCUACACGUGCAACAUUACUGACCUCGAGUUUGGGGGUGAUGGACGACUUGAUCCGCGGUGCCAAGAGGCCAUUGACGCGGUGAGAGACGCGUACUGAACGCCAUGUCUAUGACCGUGUGCUCAAUGGAACACUACAUACAGAAUACUACGCGGUAUAACCUCUACUAUUUUAUUUUGGGGGGAAAGUGACUAUUAGUGGAAAAACUUUAGGCCUACACUAUUCUUAAAGUAUAAGUGAACCAGGUGGCGUUAUUCCAUUCUAAAUGGUAAACAAAAAAAAAAAAAAAAAAAAAGUUGUUGUUGUUUGAUUACAAUGUAUGCUGAACUCAGGAGAGUCUAGCUAACAUGCUGGAAAAUGCUGAAUAUUUGUAAUUUUGUGUAAAAUGUCUUACAGAUUUUCAGAUAAUUAGUCAGGAAAUCAGAUACUGUAGCCCUAUACUACCAGUUUAUUCAUCACACUGGAAAUGGAAGGUCGAGGAGAGUGGGAUUUGUGGGAUACAGAAGUCCAGUAAAUAAGUGUGCUGUUAUACACUGCUCAUUUCAGCAAAUUCAGUAAGUCAGAUUGUGCAUAAUGCAGCAAUUAAAAGAGUUGUAAGGUACAGCAUAGUAUUCUUAACUUACCCAAGGUCUUAAAAUCUAGUGUUGGCAUACUACCUAGACAGCGUUUUCUGGUGUGCUUUUAAGUCCACUAAUGUUGUCU